CUAAGUCACAUCAAGAUAUUUUCAAAGCUUUUGCACCUGUUAUUUUCAGAGGAAUAAUAAAAAUUACACUUAAAAUUUCACAAUAGUAGAAGUAAUAUCUGAUGCUUUAGAAAAAAGGAACAAGAACAGAGACCGAAAGAAGAACUUAUAUUUUUACCAAAAAAUUCUUCACCCCCACUUCUGACGAAGGGAAGCAAGAUCACAGCGUUGAUGACGUGUGUGUGUGUGGUUUCAGUUGAAACUAACUGAAACCACAGAAAUUCCUUUUCAGUCAACAAUCUCUUUUCUGUUCACUCAUUUACUUUUCAGAGAAGGCAGUCAGAUGUUUUUCUCCUCAUUAAAGGGUUUGAAUCAUCCGGUAGCGGAGAGACAAGACUGAUUCAUCAUUAAGCACGUGUCCUUCAGUUCAGAGUGAAACGUAACUCAACCGUAGAGCAUUGAGAAGCCGGUGUUUCUGAGACUACAAGAAGGUCCACUAUACAGUAAGAAUGAGAAAAAGGACCAGGAAGAAGUCAUAAUGGUUCUAUGGUGUCUCUAUGUCAUCCUGCUCCUCCCCCUACUAACCUGCUCCAGCCAACCACAGUCCUGUCUGCAGUGUGUCAAUGACUUCAUCAGUAACAUCACGUGUGUGUUGAACAACACAUGCAUACCCCCAGACAUGCCGUGCACUCUGCAUGGUGAAUACCCCGGGUUUAAAAGGCAAUGUGAGAUGAAGUCCUUGGCUGGCUUCAACACAACCUUGAGAGGCGGCAGUCUGGUCUUUGAGGGCAAUCCAUUCUUUAGGGAAGACGAUGAAAUAUCCAUUGUUGUACGGUGUGGACAAGCAGAAGAUUAUGUGAUACAGAUUGAAUACCUGUAUCAACCAUUUAACCACAUUAAAAUACAUCCCCCUGGCAAGCCGACCGUCAUCAAUGCCUCAAUCGCCUGGACACCAGGAGCUCCCAUUUCAGAAAUGAUAGUCAACUAUGACUUCCAACUACAGUGGAAACAGGAACUACAUCACUGGGAGGAUGCUGUGGAGGUGAACAUAUCAAACAAACAGACAUAUUUUGACCUGGACCCUGAGAUGCUGGAGAGAGGAAGGAGGUACCAGGUCAGAGUCCGGGUUCGAGCCGACCCAGACGAUUACCCAGACUGCUGGUGGAGCGACUGGAGCCCCAGUGCAUCAUGGGUCUCCACUCUGGGCCAGAUGAAGCCAACAGGUAGUCCUGAUGUUCUAGACCAGGACUUUGUGGUGGUUACCGUGGUGGGAGCUGUUGUUGUACUGGUCCUGCUGGUCUCCAUGUUGCUCUGCAAAGGAAAGGUCAAGAAUAUUCUGAAUCCUCCUAUACCAGAUCCCUCCAGGUACUUUGAGGGCCUCAACCUCCAUCACGAUGGAAACUUCAAGGCUUGGCUGGGUCCUUUGUUCGCCUUUGAAGCCGUCGACUCUGCCUUGCACCGUGAAGACAUCUCCCAGGUAGAGAUUACCAACAACAUUGGCACCAUCGCCCCCCUGAGGAGGGAGACCGGUACUGCACUACUACUGAAGAAGAGAUUGGACUUAAGCAACUUCUUAUCUCAAUUCUCCCAGCCUGGAUCCACCUCCAUCAAGCUGGAACCCUGCUCUGUACACUCCCCUUACGGACCAGUAGGGGGCACUACUGAAGCGAUAGAUGAGUGGAAGGAGGAGAACAGAGGAGAUAGGAUGGAUAGUAAUAGAGGUGUAGGGGGGAAGGACGAAGAUAUCAGGGGUGGAGGGAAGGAGGGAGAGAUGGGGGUGGAGGGAAGGAGGGAGAGAUGGGGGGUGGAGGGAAGGAUAGAGAGAUGUUGGGUGGAGGGAAGGAUAGAGAGAUGUAUGGUGGAAGUAUAUUUGGAGGCAUCAGUGGAAGUCAAGAUAUCGUCCAGGUUUCUUCUUACGAGCGUGUUGAGAAGCUCCAGGCCGAGCGUCGGGCCCUCAUAAGCCCAGAUUCAGGCAUCGGCAGUGGGGCAGAGGAUCAGGAAAGUCAGGAGAGCGUGGAGGAUGCGGUCGGGCCUAUUGCAUCCACCCCCCAUUUAGUCUCUCAGGACUUCCAUCUGGUUCCGCUUCUUCCUCUUAUCAAUAACAAUAACUUUACAUUCUGCUCCACCCCCUUACCCAUUUCCCUGUCCGCUUUCCCCCAGCUUCCCUUCACCCUACCUGGGUUGGAUAGUGUAGGGAGAAAGGGUACGGAGAUGGGGGUUGGAGGAGGUUCUCUCACAAUGUCUUCCUCCUAUGAACGUGUGGAUAAUCUCCAUCUCCAGGCCCAACUCUUGGCCCCUCAGAGCCCAGAUUCAGGCAUUGGCAGUGGGGGAGAGGAUCAGGAAAGCCAGGAGAGCGUGGAGGAUGAGGUCAGGCCAACUGUGACCCCCUGUAACCAUAUCCCUCUUAUUACCACUAACAAUAUAUUUCCAUUCUGUUCCACCCCCUUACCAAUCCCGCUGGAUGUUUUACCCCAACUACCCCUCACCUUCUCUGGGUUUGGGAUGGUUCCAUCCCUGGGACCCAGUACUAGUACCAGUCAUCAAGACAGGCUGUUGGAGAUGUCUCUCCUGUCUUCUUCAAUGGCAAUAGAGCCCUCUAGCGGCGGCUACAUGCCAGUGAAAGAAGCUCAGAACUGAACUAUGAAAACAUUUGACUAGGGAGGGACUAAUGAUGUAUAUAUACACUAGAUGACUGACAGGCUGUUUUGAAGCCACCACUCCUCCAUCUGGGCACUCCCCCUCCAUUGUAAAAAAAUACUUUGGAAGCUAUAUAAAUGCAUUUACUAAUGUCUA